AUGGCCCCCUUGAUCCAGCCACAAAUUCUCCUUCUCACCAAAGACAACUAUGAGAAUUGGAGUAUUCAAAUGAAUGCAUUGUUGGGGUCUCAAGAUGCUUGGGAUAUUGUUGAAAAGGGGUAUGUCGAAUCGGCAACCCCGCAAGAAGAAACCGCUUUGGAUCAAAAUCAAAGAAGCGUGCUAAAGGAGUUGAGAAGGUUGGACAAGAAAGUUCUCUUUCUUAUUUACCAAGGACUUGAUGAGAGCACUUUUCAGAAAAUUUAUUCCAUUGGAAAUUCAAAGAAGAUAUGGGAGAUUCUUCAAAAUUCUUUGAAAGGAGUGGAAAAGAUGAAAAAAGUGCACCUUCAAACUCUUAGGGCUGAGUUUGAGGCAUUGAAAAUGCAUGAAUCCGAAAAUAUUUCGGAAUACUUCUCAAGGGUAAACCAAUUGAGAAGAAAUGGAGAAAAUAUAGAUGAUGUAAGAGUAAUGGAGAAAAUACUACGAUCACUAGAUCGUAAGUAUGAGCAAAUUGUUGUAGCCAUUGAAGAAUCAAAAGAUUUAGAGGCUAUGACUAUUGAUGAACUCUUGGGUUUCUUGCAUGCCCAUGAACAAAGAUUACAAAAAAGGACUCAAAUCUUCGGAGCAUGUAAUACAAAUAAAACUUACAAUGAACGAAGAGAAUGA